GUUUUGUUCAGCUCAUUCGCCGAAUAACAUUUGCAGACAACGGACGUGGGCUCCGCUGCGCCGUGUUUCGCCUAAAAAAUCGUAAAAACAGACGAAAAAAGCAGAAAAGUUGUGAAUUAGUUAACAAUAGCGAGUGAAUAGUGCCAAGCGCCCUUGUGCAACGAGUUCCAAACAGUUAAAAGUGCAAAUCUCGGGUUUUUGGCGCAGAAUAUGUGGCACAAAGCAGAAAGCGCGCUAAGCGAGCGUGCGAACGCCUAAAAGCACAAAAAUGUAAAUAAGUAAACGUGUGCCGCUGCGAUAAUUGUGAAAAGUCAACAAACACACUAGUUGGCUAGUGAAAAAGUGAUUGAAACGCAGCCCAUUUUCAGCUACUGGAAUAAAAAAAUAUAUAAGGCAAUGGGCACUACCAUUUCUAGAAUUCUUAUCGGGCAACGACUGAAGUAUGAUUGAGUUGGCCUCGCCACCGAUGCGAUUCGCCAGGUCCCGGUUCUAUUGGAUUCGGAUGGGUCUCUCCCAGAUGAUCUAGUGCGGUUUCAUAGAGGACGGGAAGGGGAAUGGAACAUGCCCGUGGAUAUGCAUAAGAACGUAUCUGUCCAAGUCGAUAGUGAUUUUGCCUUAUUGCUACCCAGCGGAGUUUAUGAAAUCAAGAAAAUGGAACCACGCUCCAAAAUACGAACAAUCAUUGUGUUUUGUCUCUUCCUGGCCAUCGCCGGCAUCAUCGGAUUUGGAUACUUCUGUCAAGAUCAGGUAUGCGCCCUAUCCAAACGCGCCGUGCUGCUGCAGUCCUCGGAUAUACUCGCCUAUAAUGAGCUCCCACUCCAUCAGGCCAACAGCAUUAAUGGCAACGCCAACGGCAUCACGGCCAUGGCAUCGAAGGCAUCCUCAUCUGCAUCCGCCUCUGCCCCCCAGAACAUCAUCGCCAACGCCGGGCUGAGCUACGAGGAUGUGCUGAACGAUGAUUUUCAGUUCGACAUGGAUGGCCAUGACGUUAUGGUCUUCCUGCACAUCCAGAAAACGGGCGGCACCUCGUUCGGCCGCCAUCUGGUCAGGGAUCUGGACCUCAAGCGUCCCUGCGAGUGCCAGCGGCAAAGGAAGCGCUGCUACUGCUUCCGGCCGCAUCGCAACGAGAACUGGCUCUUCUCCCGCUACUCGACGGGUUGGAAGUGCGGCCUGCACGCCGACUGGACAGAGCUGACCAGCUGCGUGGACGUGGAGCUGGACAAGAACGAGGGCGAGACGGCCAAGCGGCGAUACUUUUACAUCUCGCUGCUGCGCGAGCCGAUCGCCCGCUACAUGUCCGAGUACCGGCACGUACGGCGGGGCGCCACCUGGAAGGGAUCGCGCCACUGGUGCCUGGGCCGUCAGGCCUCCGCCGCGGAGCUGCCCGCCUGCUACAAGGGCAAGGACUGGCUGGACGUGGACCUGGACCAGUUCGCCGGCUGUGAGUCGAACCUGGCGGCCAACCGGCAGACUCGUAUGCUGGCCGACUUGGCCCUGGUCGGCUGCUACAACAAGUCCUCGAUGCCCGCCCACGAGCGGGACCGCGUGAUGCUAGCCAGCGCCAAGCGCAACCUGGCCGCCAUGGCCUACUUCGGCUUGACUGAAUAUCAAAAGAUGUCCCAAUACAUAUUUGAGGAGACUUUCAACCUGCGCUUUGCCAUUCCCUUCGAGCAGCACAACACCACGAUCUCGGCGGCUGCCGUCCUGAAUCUGCGCCAGGAUCAGCGGCGUCGCAUCGAGAAGCUCAAUGGCCUGGACAUUGAGCUGUAUGCCUUCGCCAAGACGUUGCUGUUUCAGCGCUUUGAACACCUGAAGGCGAAGGACUCGAACUUCGAGCAGCGCUACGCCAACCUGGGCAACAUCUACUUUAAGCAGGGCGUCACGGAAUUCAACUGGGACAGCAAUGUGGACGACGCGCUCAGCACGGAUCAUUGAACUCCAAACCAAAUACUAACGAUUAGAGACUAGCUGUAGAAUACACACACACCAACUCAUUAAUAUAUAGCUGGGCAGGGCAGAACCGAAGGAUAAUGAUAAUGUGGGGUGGUCACAAAGGUUACGGCACCGCAAAAGCAUCAGCAAAAGAUCAACCGAAGGACUUUAAACUAGCAUGUAAGCAUAAUGUUAAUUAAGCAGAUAAAGAACACCUAGCGGACUUGGCUUGUCUCAUAUUCACACCUGAACUAACUGGAGGGCGAUCGAGCGGAAUCUCAGUGCGCGCAUUAUAUCUAAACCGAAACCUAAUCCUAAGCACACCUCCGAAGUCUACAGCCCACUCCUACUCUACUGUUCUCCUUGCUAACAAGUCUUACUCCUGACGAAAUGUAAAUACUUUGCAUGAUAUGUGUACUUUAAAUUCAAUCAGUUGAGAGCAGUGCAAACACACUCGAAUUGAACCUCCGCCUUCAUAGAGCAUCCACCACAUCACACGCCAUACCUUAGAUUAAUUAAUUAUUUGUAAUAAGUACGUAGUUUUCGUUCUUUUGUUACGCCAAGUCUCUGCGAAGCCAAAUCCACACUUAGUCUAAGAGCACAGUGCUUGCGAAAUGUUUUCGAUCCAACAACGCAUUUAUUUUAUUUACUAUUAGACACCAUUGUAAAUACGGCAGAAUAAAGUUAAACGACACAAUAUAAGUAUGAGCAUAGAGAUUCACAUAAUUCUACUGUUUUCCCCCGACACAAACAACACACACAAACCGCGUUAGAGUUGUUAGCCGACAUAAUUGUUUCAGACAAUAAUUAAUUGGAGAUUGAUAUCAAACGAGAGCCGAUGAAUUGAAACCGAAAUUUGAUCAAACAAAGCCAACGAAGUAUAUACAUAAAGCCAAUUGCCUAAAUUAUUCAAGAGCAUACACACGUUGCCCCUAAAAAUGAUGUAAAAUAUUUCCAAAUAUUGAUUAAUUGCAUAAUAGUAAUCUGCCAUUUUAUAUAUAGAGCAGCCAUAAGGGAAUUAUGGAAUUGCAUAGGUGGAGCAUAUGCUCACAAACAAUAUUAUUUGCAUUUUCAUGAUUAUGAUUUUGGAAAUGAAAAACAACAAUUUUGUAUCGCGCAAAAACAACACACAUUGACAACAAAAAGCAAUGCAAACACAAGAAAUAAGAGCAGGUAAAAUUGAAUAAAAACAAGUGAAUUAUUGAAUAUAUGAAA